AUGACCGGGCGGGCCGGGAGCCAGGCGCACGGCUCGGCUACAAAUGCAGCCCCCGGCGCGAGCGGGUGUAUUCACCGCCGCCGUCGCCUGGCAGAGCCCGGCCCCUCCCCGCCGAGCGACGCGCCCGGCUGCAGCCCCGUUCCCACCAUGAGCGUGCGGCGCUGGCUGCUGGCGCUGCUGCUGCUCUGGCUCGCCCUGAGCGCGGGCUCCGGAGCACCAUUGUCCGAGGCGCCGGAUGGCAGAGACCUGGAGAAAGGGAACAUCCGGAACCUGGCGCACCCCAAGGGGAUGCGGAAUGGAGCAGGACACCGGCAGAAUGGCUGGCGAAAGUCCCGGCGUCCAAGACCCCGUCUCUCCCACAAGGGCCCCAUGCCUUUCUAGCGCAGGGUUGGUGUUGGCCCCCUGAAGGCCCGUUCCCAUUGUCCUCUCUGCUUUAUAGACUGGUUUGCUUGUCAUGAAGCCCUGAGUGCGGCGCUCCUGCCUGCUGAGGUGGGCAGGCUCCUCCUGUCUGCCAGCCUGUCAUGCAGCCACCCCGGAUGGAGCUGUCAGCACCUCGACCCCCCCCC